GGACCUGGACAGUCAAAAUCGUUGGGCUGAGGCCAAUUUAUGAGGUUCAAAAAGGCCAAGUGCUGGGUCCUGCACUUGGACGACAACAACCCCAUGCAGUGCUGCAGGCUUGAGGCAGAGUGACUGGAAAGCUGUCCUGCAGAAAAAGACCUGGGGGCCAGCUGAAUGUGAGCCAGCCGUGUACCCAGAUGGCCAAGGCCAAUGCCAUCUUGCUUGUAUCAGAAAUAGUGUGAGCAACAGGGCCAGGGAAGUGAUUGUCCCCUUGAACUCAUUGCUGAUGAGGCUGCACCUUGAAUACUGUGUUUGUUUCUGGGCCCCUCACUACAAGAGGGACAUUGAAGUGCUGGAGCGUGUCCAGAGACAGACAACAAAGCUGGUGAGGGGUCCAGAGAACAAGUCUUAAGAGAACUGGCUGAGGGGGCUGUAGGUGUUUAGCCUGGAGAAUAGGAGGCUGAAAGGAAAUACAAUCGCUCUGUACAACUGCUGAAAGGGGAGUUCUAGUGAGGUGGGGGUUGAUCUCUCUAGUAAUGAAUGAUAGAACACAAGGAAAUGGGCUCAAGUUGUGCUAGAAGAGGUUUAAAUUGGACAUUAGGAAGAACUUUUUCACUUUUCACUUUUCACUUUUUCCAAUGCUUUUUAUUAAGCAUUGGAACAGGCUGCCCAGGGAGAUGGUGGAGUCACCAUCCCCAGAGGUAUUUGAAAGAUGUGUAGAUGAAGGGCUGAGAGAUAUGGUUUGGUUUAGUGGUGGGCCUGGCAGUGUUAAGUUAGUGGUGGGACUCAAUGACCUUAAAGAUCUUUGCCAACUGUAAUGAUUCUAUGAUUCUAGGAAAUGGGAGAGUUAGCAAGUGUCAGCAGUCUGAAUGUGACUUAGAGCAGAAAGAAAAUCCAAAAUUCAGAUGGAAAGAGGAUAUUUCUGAAAUGCAGUAGGUUGUCAGUGUUUUGUGUGUUCAUCUUAUGCACAUGCUGAAGAGUAACAGGAAUGACAAUUUGAUGCAAUUUGGGAAACAAAAGAUGGACCCAGUAGCUGAUGAAAGGAGAAGAAAAUUGUUACAUAUCAGCUGAGAGAAAAUGACUGCAAUCAAGCAUGCUUUACAGAGGGAUAUUUUCACUCCCAAUGAUGAACGCUUAUUGAGCAUUGUGAACGUGUGCAAAGCAGGCAAGAAGAAGAGAAACUGCUUUUUGUGUGCCACAGUGACAACAGAACGACCAGUGCAAGUAAAUGUGGUAAAAGUGAAAAAAUCUGACAAGGGAGAUUUCUACAAAAGGCAGACUGCAUGGGCACUUCGAGAUCUUGCUGUUGUUGAUGCCAAAGAUGCUGUUAAAGAAAAUCCCGAAUUUGACUUGCAUUUUGACAAAGUGUACAAAUGGGUUGCAAGCAGCACAGUGGAAAAGAACACCUUCAUUUCAUGUAUCUGGAAACUCAAUCAGAGAUAUCUUAGAAAGAAAAUUGACUUUAUUAAUGUUAGUUCACAGCUUUUGGAAGAAUCUGUUCCAAGUGGAGAGAAUCAAAGUGUCGCAGGAGGUGAUGAAGAAGCUGUGGAUGAAUACCAGGAGUUAAAUGCAAGAGAAGAACAGGACAUUGAAAUAAUGAUGGAAGGGUGUGAAUAUGCUAUUUCUAAUGCUGAAGCCUUUGCAGAGAAGUUGUCAAGAGAGCUACAAGUGCUAGAUGGGGCAAAUAUCCAGUCAAUUAUGGCCUCGGAGAAACAGGUGAAUAUCUUGAUGAAAUUGCUAGAUGAAGCUCUAAAGGAAGUUGACCAAAUUGAGCUAAAGCUCAGCAGUUACGAAGAAAUGCUUCAGAGUGUAAAAGAGCAAAUGGAUCAAAUUUCAGAAAGCAACCACCUAAUCCAUCUCAGCAACACAAAUAAUGUGAAACUGCUGUCAGAGAUAGAGUUCUUAGUGAAUCACAUGGAUUUGGCUAAAGGUCAUAUAAAGGCCCUUCAGGAGGGAGAUCUGACAUCUUCUCGAGGCAUUGAGGCCUGUACUAAUGCAGCAGAUGCCCUUCUGCAGUGUAUGAAUGUAGCUCUUCGUCCAGGACAUGAUAUGCUUCAUGCAGUGAAACAGCAACAGCAGCGGUUUAGCGACUUGCGUGAGCAAUUUGCACGGAGACUGGCCAGUCAUUUGAACAGUGUGUUUGUUCAACAGUUUACUCAGACCUUCCUUCAACUUUAUAACAGGUCCUUCUAUCUGUCAGUUCCUGGUCACGAUCAGAGUUCUACUCUUGCCCAGCAUUCUGUUGAGUUGACAUUACCCAAUCACCAUCCAUUUCACAGAGAUUUACUUCGAUAUGCUAAACUCAUGGAGUGGCUCAAGAACACAGAUUUUGCAAAAUACGAAGGACUUACUAAGAAUUAUAUGGAUUAUUUAUCACGACUAUAUGAAAGGGAAAUAAAAGAUUUCUUUGAAGUUGCCAAGAUCAAGAUGACAGGCACAACCAGAGAAGGAAAAAAGUUUGCUACACUGCCUCGAAAAGAAAGUGCUGUCAAACAGGAAACUGAGAGUCUUCAUGGAAGCUCAGGAAAACUGACUGGGUCUACUUCUAGCCUAAAUAAACUCUCUGUUCAGAGUUCGGGAAACCGUAGGUCUCAGUCAUCUUCGCUGCUGGAUAUGGGAAACAUGUCUGCCUCUGACCUUGAUGUGGCUGACAGAACAAAAUUUGAUAAGAUUUUUGAGCAAGUAUUAAGUGAAUUAGAGCCUCUGUGUCUGGCAGAACAGGACUUCAUUAGUAAAUUUUUCAAACUACAGCAACAUCAGAGCAUCUCGGGAGCAACAACGAAUGAAGCGGAAGAAAUGGAUGGAGGAACUUUAUCUCGUUCAUUCACUUCUGGUGUUCCCCAAACAGUAUCAUCUGAGAAGGACAUGAUCCGACAAAUGAUGACAAAAAUAUUUCGUUGUAUUGAACCUGAGCUGAACAAUCUUAUAGCGCUGGGGGACAAGAUUGAUAGCUUUAAUUCCCUUUAUAUGUUAGUUAAGAUGAGUCAUCAUGUAUGGACAGCACAAAAUGUGGACCCAGCUUCAUUUCUCAGCACAACACUUGGAAAUGUUUUGGUGACUGUCAAAAGGAACUUUGAUAAAUGCAUUAGUAAUCAAAUGAAACAGAUGGAUGAAGUAAAAAUCUCAAAGAAGAGUAAAGUUGGGAUCCUUCCAUUUGUUGCUGAAUUUGAAGAGUUUGCAGCUCUCGCGGAAUCAAUUUUCAAGAAUGCAGAACGACGAGGAGACCUAGACAAAGCCUACAUAAAACUUAUUAGAGCUGUCUUUGUCAGUGUUGAAAAAGUAGCUAAUGAAAGUCAGAAAACACCCAGAGAUGUGGUCAUGAUGGAGAACUUCCAUCAUAUAUUUGCAACACUUUCUCGCUUGAAAAUUUCUUGUCUUGAGGCUGAGAAAAAGGAAGCCAAACAGAAAUACACUGAUCAUCUUCAGUCUUAUGUAAUAUACUCACUCGGACAGCCUCUUGAGAAAUUAAAUCAUUUUUUUGAAGGUGUUGAAGCUCGCGUGGCACAGGGUAUACGAGAAGAAGAAGUAAGCUAUCAACUGGCUUUUAAUAAACAAGAGCUUCGUAAAGUUAUAAAGGAAUAUCCUGGUAAGGAAGUAAAGAAGGGAUUGGAUAAUCUCUAUAAGAAAGUAGAUAAACAUCUCUGUGAAGAGGAAAACUUACUUCAGGUUGUGUGGCAUUCCAUGCAAGAUGAGUUUAUACGACAAUACAAGCACUUUGAGGGGCUGAUAGCUCGCUGCUAUCCUGGAUCAGGAAUUACUAUGGAAUUCACUAUACAGGAUAUUUUAGACUACUGCUCCAGUAUUGCACAGUCUCAUUAAGCAAGGGAAAAAGAAGCUAGCAAAGAUUAUGUCUCUGUGUGAGGGAAUCAAACACUAUAAGUGCUAUGUGUUUUUGAAAGGUGGAGUUCCAUGUGUAUGUGUUAGUUAGCUGCUGUAUAUCUCAAGUUACACUCCUGCUUCAAGUGUCUUUCAGGGCAGAAUGAAACCUUCGGGGAUCUGUUGCUCUUCUGCUGGAUUGAAGUACUUUUUGAAAGCAUUAAUUCUGUGAAACACUUUGGAAAUACUUUUUUCCCUUUCCCUAAUGUUCAGAUAUUUUUAUUUAUAAUCCCUUUUUUUGCUAAAAGCAGUAAGCACUACUGUUUUCACUAAUAUUUUGCAUCUUGGAAAUUAUGUAAGCAUUAAAGACUAUCACGUCUUUUCCCCUUAUUCUAAAAAGUAUGGAUGUGGAACUUAAUGUAGUGGAGAUACUGAAUUAAUCUUCUGAGAUGUAACAUGACUAUAGCUAAUUAACUCUUAAUUAAACUUCAUUUGUCAUUC